AUGUGCCCUGGUAACUGGCUCUGGGCCUCCAUGACUUUCAUGGCCCGCUUCUCCCGGAGUAGCUCCCGGUCUCCUGUCCGCACUAGAGGCGCCCUGGAGGAGAUGCCAACCGUUCAACAUCCCUUCCUCAAUGUCUUUGAGUUGGAGAGGCUCCUUUACACAGGCAAGACGGCCUGUAACCAUGCCGACGAGGUCUGGCCAGGCCUCUACCUUGGAGAUCAGGACAUAGCUAACAACCGCCGUGAACUCCGUCGCCUGGGUAUCACCCACGUCCUCAAUGCGUCACACAGCAGGUGGCGAGGCACCCCCGAAGCGUAUGAAGGACUGGGCAUUCGCUACUUGGGGGUCGAGGCCCACGAUUCGCCAGCCUUUGACAUGAGCAUCCACUUCCAAACGGCUGCCGACUUCAUCCACCGGGCACUGAGCCAGCCAGGAGGGAAGAUCCUGGUGCACUGUGCAGUGGGGGUGAGCCGAUCCGCCACCCUGGUGCUGGCCUACCUCAUGCUGUAUCACCACUUCACCCUUGUGCAGGCCAUCAAGAAGGUCAAGGACCAACGAGGCAUUAUCCCCAACCGGGGCUUCCUGAGGCAGCUCCUGGCCCUGGAUCGCAGGCUGCGGCAGGGUCUGGAGGCGUGA